AUGGCCAGGCUGAGGCGGCUCUGCCUGGCACUUGCUGUCUGGCUGUGCUCGUCGGACUCGUCGCUUCUGGCGAAGAGCACGGACGCCACUCAGGAAGUGUGUGGGCUGGAAGGCGCCCCUGAGAGCACGCAGAGUGCUCGCAGUGCCCGCAGUGCCAGCCUGGCACAGCUUUGGAUUCGUCGUGAAGCUGGGGCUUUCUGCGGGGCGGACCUUUCCGAACUGAAGACCGUGACUCUCCUCGUCCACUGCCGCCAGACGCGAGAGGUCUGCGAGCUGCGGCGGCCCCUGAUCCUCUCCUAUGAGCCCUUCUUUCGGGAAGUUCGCUGGCUGCUUUCUUGGCCCAACUCGACUAGCCAGUUGCGGGCGGAGGAGCAUCUUUGCGAGAAGUUAGGGGACCCCUACCUCUGUGUGACGAAGGUCGGAAAGCAGCUGGAGAGGGACGGCACCGGUUCCACAGGCAUCCUCUACAUGCACUUCGACGCCGUCUUGGCGCCCUGCUCCUUUGCCCGGCGCUUCGAUGCCCGAAAGAUUGGCACUUUCGGCUCCAAGGCCCAGCUGCGCUGGGACACCUUCGAAGGCCUCGACCGGUGCAACGGAAUCAACGCCGUAGGCUUCGAGUCCCUUCCGAAUUUGCACUGUCCGUGGCACCUGUGGGAGUCAAACCGCCAGCGCUUGUGGGAUGCCCUUGCCGAGCUCCGACAGGCCGGGGUGUUGUCACUUCCGCCGGAGCUGUCGCAGGGCUGUUGGACCGGCUACGACGACCUGUUUUACUUGCCGUGGCCAGCUCUUGACACCUACGGCGUUCUGGCGGAGAUCUUUGCACGGCACAAUGUCCACCACGAGAUCGCAGGGCCAACUGCCCUGGCCGUCACGAGGAGCCUGAAAGGCCUUGAGAUGCAGGACUUCGCUUGCAACCUCGGGGUUGUAAAGCCUCUCGCGUUGCAGGUGGUGACUGCACCCGACUUCGUAUGUGGUCAUGAGGUACAUUACCAGGAUGACGGCAUGGUGGAGGCCGUGGAAGCAGUCAUCAAAGGAAACACCACUCUCCUCCUCCAAGCCUUCGCGGAUGAGAAACGUAAUUUCCUUCACAUCCUCGACUGGGGCGUUUGGGGAGAACUGCCUGCCAUGUGCAUCUUACUUGGGGCAGGCCUAGCUUUGUGUCUGUGUCCGGACAUCCGUGAUCGGGUCCUCUUCUCAUACAUUGUGUGCGCGAUUUAUGUGCUGAUUUCAGUAGUCAUCGACCUGUCCAUGGCCGUUCAGUCCAUCCAGGCGCCCCACGAGGAUUACAAGUUUGAGCCCAUGUGUGCGGUCCUGCUGACAGAGCUUCUGAAGCUCGUGAUCUCCCUCUGCCUAAUCCUAUAUGCCCAAUGCAGCCAUUCCAGAACUGAGAUGAUUCCAAGUGCAGACGACGUGGCGUGGCUUGUUCUACCGGCAGGAAUUUUCACCUUGAACAACAUCUUGGUGUGGUGGGCCAUCGGUAGGAAUGACAUCUCUACUUUCGGGGUCUUCCGGGACACCAUGAUCCUUUGGACAGCCUUCCUCUGGCGGAUGGUCUUCGGAGUUCCCUUGGGGCCGACUCGACUCCUGGCCAUCGCGGUGUUGGUUUUCGGCCUGGCUCUGAACCAGCUCGAGAACUUGCUACAGAGCCGCUUCUCCUGGCCCGUCUUGCUGGUGCUGUUGAUGACUGCCUGCAAUGCUCUGGGCUCGGUGGUGAACGAGUUCGCAUUGAAGCGCCGGGACGGCAUGGACAUCAAUGUCCAGAAUGCUAUUCUGUACGCAGCAGCUGUGGUGUUCACCGCACUUCUGAUCCUGGUUUCCGGGAGAGGCCUGGAUCUUUACAAGCAUGGCUUCUUUGAAGGGUUCACAAGGCACACCAUGUUCACGGUGAUCAUGCAGGCCUUCGCAGGACUGGCUGUCUCCAGGAUACUCAAAUACUCGGAUGCCGUGCAGAAGAAUAUCGCCGCCUGCCUCAGAGGCCCUAUUCUGGUCGUCAUCUCGCCUGCUUUUGUCCGUUCCUCUGCGAACAUUCUGACCUUCUUCUCUGCCGUGAUAGUCGCUUCAGGCUGCGCUAUCUACUUACACCAGGGGCCCGUAAGUACCAAUAAUAGCAUCAAGGACAAGAGCUGCAGUGCAUCUUACUGA